ACAAAUUACAGUGACAUUCAAGUGACAAAUAAACGUCAUGUUAAUUUUUAUCUUAAUACUUUUAUUCAUUAUUGACGUGAAAGGGUACCCUCAAAGUACGGAAUUAAUUAAUAAUCAACAUCAGCAAGUUAUUUUUAAUAGAAUAAGUCCUUGGAUAUUAUUGAGAGCAAAGAGAAAUUUUAAUGACACACGUGCAGCUCAUGAACAAAAUAUUGAUGAUUAUUAUUUUAAAAAAAAAGCUGUAAUCGAUAGAUUUUAUACUCGACAACGUGAAAUAAAUGAUGCUUUCCAAAAUAAUUCUUCAGUUUCAAGACAAACAAUAACAACUGAACAAACACCAACUACACCACCAGGAUAUCGAAAUUUGGGCAAUUGUUCACAUUCACAAAAAACCAGGCUAUUGUAUCAACACAAUUUGGGAAUAGGAUUAAAAGGAUCAUCACAGUUGAAUGCCAAUUUUCAAGUAAAUUUAGACAGUCCAAUAGUAAUAACCUGUGUUGAAGCAUUCCUUUACAAUAAUACUCAAGGUACAAUAACGUGGUUGAGUGGAGGACCUGGUAGAAAUUAUUUAAGGCUUAAUAUAAAAUCUUCAACAAAUAAAGGAGUUUCUUAUGUAAUUAAAAUAUAUGGUGCAUAAAAAUGAUAUAAAGGAUUAAUAACAGAAUAAAAAAUAAAAGCUUCUUAUUAAA